AAAAAAAAGGGAGGGAAAAAAACACAAACAAAUCAAGAGGAAUGAUAAGCGAUGGAGACGGAGCUGCAGAAGCUAGAGAGCUCCACACCCCGGUCCAUGAGCAAAUGUUCAAGCAUCAUCAUCAGGGACGACCAUCAGUCUGAUGUCAAGUACACUAGCCUCAAGGACGUGUUCUCUGCCGCCGACCCUCCUGUCGCCAGAAGAAACUCCUCCGUCCUCGACAUCAACUCGUCGACGAUAUCGAUCAAGAACCAGCUCGUCAAGCAUGCAGCCUCGGCGUACCUGCAAUCGGCGGCGAUCAUAGCCGCGCGUGACCAGAACUGGUUCACGAGUGUUUGGCGCCAAAUGAGAUGGCAACGGAUUUUCAACUCGCGGUGGCAAGAGUGCGUCCGUGGGCCUGUUGGGCUCUGCGUUGGGCUUAUAAUGAGGGCCGUUAGGAGGAUGGUGGCCCACGCCGCGACUCAAGUUGUUAUAAUCCGGUCCCGGUCAACUCAGGCGUCGCUUUGAUUAAUUAAUUAAUUAAAAGGGUGGGGAAGAUUUACAAAAACUAUCAUAAAUUGUGGUGGGUUUUGCGUAAAAUUAUCGUAAAAUAUUUUUGUUAGAUAAAAAUAGCAUGAAACUUUCUCUCUAAAUUACAAUGUUUGAGGGGCGGUCACGGUAAUUUGUCACGUGCUUCGCAUAUGAUUUCAUUGGGUUUUUCGCGGAUUAGAAAGUUCAUGCAUGGUAGUUUUCAGUAAUAAAAAGUUAUGUCGUGGGCUAAUGUAAAACCCCCCCAAUUUCAUGAUAUGUUUGAAAUUUUUGCCCUUUUUCAAAAUAAUACUCCUCUCCAGCUGUUCUAAUUU